AUGUCGUUGCCCGAGAUGACAGUACACACAUAUCACUGCAUAUGCACGCAGCUCGUACUAGCCAGCCUAUCAACCCUCGAGAGUCUCAAAACUCGAGCCUCGGACUCGUCGCAUAUCCUCCCUCUUCCCGACCUCUCUACAACCUCGUCAACUUCUCAUUACGCAUCGCUAGCCAACACCAUCACCGACACCAAACCUACUGUCAUCCGCUGCGAAGACGGUUUUGAAAAGCGCUACUUCCACAAGUGCGGUCGCUGUGAGUUGAGUAUUGCCUACUCACUCGACAAGAGCCAAUUCGAGGAUACAAAGACUUCUUCGGGACCUAGAGAGGAUGUUGUGUUCUUAAUUCCCGGUGGCUUGAUGUCCACUGAGGACAUGAAGAGUGGAAAAGAUAUGGAUGCUGAGAUUGUCAAGGUUGGCGUCAAAGCUGCUUGA